UGUUUUGAGUGGCGAUAACUUUUCGGUGAUGAUGUUUGAGAGAGAAAGUUAACUGAAUGAGAGAUCUCAAUAAGCAAUAGUAAAUUAAAGAGGACUGCAUUUGUAUGUAAAGUAUAGUACGGAUAAUAAUACUACUAAACAAGUAAUUUAAAGCAUUUUGUUGUUGUUAUAUUGGGAUACAAAUUAAUUUUUUUUCAAUAAAGUUGAAAGAGAGUGAGUGUUUUUGUGGUGGUGAGAGGACAGUCGGAUAAUAAUAACAACGACAACAACAAAUAGUGAACAAUAUGUUGAAGAGUCCGUUUACUAAUCAUGCGUUCAAGUCGGACGAAGCCGACGUAGUGGCCAUCAACGAUGACCGACACGCGUCGCUCAGCAAAUUUCAACGACUGACCAGUCAUGACCUGUCAUCGGAACAACAGCUCAACAAACAUCCGCAGCUAAUGCUGGCCAAACUGGUCGAAGAAACCGAACGAACCAAUGGUGGCUAUAUUAACGAAGCUAUGGUUAUGGGUGAUGGCGAUACCGGUACUCCGGUCAGUGGUGCUGCUGCUGCUGCUGGUGGCGCACAGCCUCGCGACAUCAAACUGGCCAUCGAUGGCGGCCAACAAAUUGACGGCAAAGUGGCUGUCGAUGUACGCGACGUAACCUUUACCUAUGGUUUUGGUAAAAAAUCUUUGUUGACACUCAAGAAGAUCAAUGUGUCGGUACCUCAGGGAAAGAUCUAUGCCUUACUUGGAUCCAGUGGUUGUGGCAAAACAACAUUAUUGAGAUGUGUUUUGGGUCGACUGACACCGCAGUCGGGAACAAUUCGGGUGUUUGGCCGCGAACCCGGUUCCGAUUACAGUCCAGUACCCGGUCCUGGUGUCGGCUAUAUGCCCCAGGAGUUGGCACUGUUUCCCGAUUUUACAAUCAAAGAAACGCUUAGAUAUUUUGGACAACUGUACCGAAUGUCGGCCAAAGAUAUCAAGUCGAGGACGAAAUUUUUGAUAACACUCUUACAUUUACCCGAAAAAAAUCGUUUGGUAUCACAACUGUCAGGUGGCCAACAGCGUCGUGUAUCGCUUGCCUCAGCACUGGUACAUCAUCCGCCACUACUCAUUCUGGACGAGCCUACCGUCGGUGUGGAUCCGGUAUUGCGUAAAGCCAUUUGGGAGCACUUGGACGCUCUAUGCAAAGAGGACGGUCUGACAGUAAUCAUAACAACUCACUAUAUCGAAGAGGCCCGAACUGCCGAAACGGUAGGUCUGAUGCGUUUCGGUCGACUACUGGUUCAGGACAAUCCCGAUCGUCUACUUGAACAACACGAUUUGCCAACACUGGAGGCUGUAUUUCUCAAACUAUGCCAACUGGACUCAGCACAGAUACCCGAAACUAGCAAACAGGAUGCCAUGAGAUAUAGCGCACCGGAUGACAAAAUAACAAUAUCGACCAUCGAUACGGAAAAGAAAAAUCUGAAAAAUUUGACGACAGGUGCCGGUGAGGACAGUCAGAGUAAAGAUAUCAAUGAGAAUAUCGAAAUGACUAUCACUAGUACUACGAUGACAAUCGCCAACAAACCAGAUGACAGUACAGAAACAAAUAAUAACAAUAUAAGAGAAGUCAACAAAGCAGCCAAUUUAUUAGUACCGGCCGUUCCGUCGACAUUCAAGGACGUGUCGGCCAACGCUACGCCAUCCUGUCUGACGCCUCGUAUGUCAUUCAGCGAAAAGUCGACCGACAGUCCCGUCGGCACACAAGUAAACAUACCGUCCGGCAAACGGAAAGCCUUCGACGUGAGCCGUGUCUACGCUUUGUUUGUCAAAAAUAUCAUACGAUUGAAACGAAAUGUGCCAAUACUUUUGUUCUACUUUUUCCUACCGUCCAUCCAAAUCGCCCUGUUCUGCAUAUGUAUCGGUCAGGACCCGAAAAACAUACCGGUAGCCGUCUACAAUGCCGAAGACCCGCCCGGCCUGUCAGCCGAGUAUCUAUCGUUUGUCAACAAAGAUAUCGUAGUACAGGUUCCCUAUAAUUCACUCGAAGAGGCCAAACAAGCGGUCAUAGAUGGCAAAGCCUGGGCUGCCCUACAUUUUUCGCAUAACUAUUCCUAUGCACUCAAUCAACGAAGAGUUUUGGCAGGAAAUGCUGAUAACGACACAAUCGAGUCAUCCAACAUCAAGCUCUACCUGGAUAUGUCUAACCAAGUAAUCGGUUUUGUAUUGUUGCGAUCAUUUUUCCUGGCCUUCCAGACUUUUGCCCAGGACUACCUGUCCCUAUUGGGCUACAAUCCGGCCACUGUAACACUACCCAUUACAAUCGAAAAAGUCAUCUACGGUAAUCUACAUCCGUCGAUGACCGAAUUUAUGGCACCGGGUGUUAUCAUUUUGAUUGCCUACUACGCUACCACUGCUUUGACCGCCCUGUCUCUGGUACUCGAGCGCAAGGACGGCCUACUGGAACGAUCGCUGGUGGCCGGUGUAACCAGUAUCGAGUUUUUGGCCUCUCAUAUCAUGACCCAGACACUGGUGCUUACCAUACAGGAGGUGUUUAUGUUGAUCACCACAUUCUAUCUAUUUGGCGUACCCUCAAAGGGACCGAUGAUUUGGGUCUUUUCAUUGACAUUUUUCCAGGGUGUGGCCGGAGUCAUGUUCGGACUGUUCAUAUCCUCCCUGUGCGCCGAUGAGGUAUCGGCCGCUAUGUUAGGUAUGGGCUCGUUUUUCCCAACCAUUAUGUUGGGCGGCAUUUUCUGGCCAAUUCAAUCAAUGCCCGAUUGGAUGGCAUCGUUUGCCUCAUUCCUGCCCCAGACACUACCGGUAGAGUCGAUGCGAUUCAUACUGUCCCGGGGCUGGGAUGUAACCUAUAUCGAGGUAGUCAUGGGCUUCAUAGCCACCUGGGGCUGGAUUCUCAUAUACCUCGUGGCCGCCGCCUUUAUCUUCAAAAAAUAUACAUAAAUUAAUUAAUUAUUAAAUUAAAAAAUAUUAGUUAUUAGUAUUAUUAUUAUUAA